AUGUCCCAACCGCCUGGCUUUGUUGACCCCAACCAUCCGCAUCAUUUCUGUCGGUUACGGAAACCCAUCUAUGGUCUCAAGCAAGCCCCGCGUGCAUGGUAUAUGUCUUUAAAACAACAUCUCCUUGAUACUAGUUUCACUAAUUCACUUGCGGACACUUCAUUGUUCAUUCGCGCUUCGGGUUCCACUCUCACCUAUGUACUUGUUUAUGUCGACGAUAUCAUCGUCACUGGCAAUCAUUCCGCUAUUGUUGAGAAAGUUCUUCAAUCCUUUGCUCAACGUUUCUCCAUCAAGGAUCCUACCGACAUUCAUUACUUUCUCGGCAUCGAGGUCUCACGAUCCUCCGAUGGACUCCAUCUCAUGCAACGUAAGUAUAUUAUGGACCUUCUUGUCACAAACAACAUGUCUGAAGCAAAACCCGUUGCAACACCACUUCCUACUUCUCCAAAGUUAACCAUUCAUGGUGGUACCCCUCUUGAGGAUGCCUCUCAGUACAGGUCUGUUGUUGGAAGUUUACAAUAUCUCUCCUUCACGCGACCUGAUAUUUCCUAUGCGGUAAACCGCCUGUCUCAGCUCAUGCACUGUCCGACACAAGACCACUGGAUUGCAGCAAAACGAGUCCUGCGCUAUCUCGCUGGCACUCCCACACAUAGUAUAUACAUGAAUGCUUCCUCUCCCGUUACUCUUCAUGCCUUCUCUGAUGCAUAUUGGGCUGGUGACACGGAUGACUAUGUUUCUACGAAUGGUUAUGUUGUCUACAAUGGUCAGCAUCCGGUCUCAUGGUCUUCAAAGAAACACAGGGUUGUUGCACGUUCCUCCACAGAAGUUGAAUAUCGCGCUGUUGCCAACACGGCGGCUGAGGUACGGUGGUUAUGUUCUCUUUUCUCUGAUCUCCACAUUGUCUUACCCACCACACCGGUCAUAUAUUGUGACAACAUUGGAGCGACCUACCUUUGCACAAAUCCUGUUUUCCACUCAAGGAUGAAACACAUUGCUCUCGAUUAUCACUUUGUUCGGAAUCAGAUACAGUCCAAAAUGUUAUGA